GAUGGCUGCCAGAGCAACGUUGCCACCAGGCUCUAGUCCUCCGAUGUCUUCCAGCCUCGCCGGUAUUAACGAUGGUCUCUCGGUAACGCUAUCACCAGAUGCGGUCCCGUUCACGCCGCUGGCUCCGGAGGUCCGGGAGGAGAUCGGUUCCGUGGCGGCGCAGUUCUCCCACUACGCGUCCAAGCUCCGCUCACUGCGAGCCGGAGACCCAGCCAGCCUGAAAACACAACUCAACCUGCUGUUCGACCAGCUGAUAUCUGAAAACUACAGCAGUAACUACAACAUACCACCUGAGGAAGUGUGCGCGCUGCUCAUCCACGUGACCCGCCUGGUUCCUCUCAGCCAGGAACACCUGGUCAUCAAGCUAUGUCAGCUCACACACCACCUCCUCAACCAGCUACAGGUGAUAGUGGACGAGCAGACGCUGGAUGUGUGUGUGUGUUACGUGGUCCGUGCGCUGGGCGUGUGUAGCCCCUGGACUCACAGUGAGGUGCUGCAGGCUUUGUCUACUCUGAUCUAUGGAAACGGACCUCGCUGCAACCGGCACCUGAGUGAGUUGCUUGGUGAUGGUGGAGUACUGCGUCUCUAUAGCGACCCGUCUCAGCCAGACAUGGAGCUGCGCCGUGCUGCGCUCACCUGUAUGGCUAACAUCUGUCUGGGUGUCCCAGGGCAGGCGUCACUAGAAGACCCCUACAGGAGUUUGUGUUUCAGAGUCUUCCUGCAGACGCUCCAGUCUCCCAAACUCCCCGACGCUGACGAACUGCUCUACUGCACGGUGAUCCAGGGAGCAGUGAAGGGCCUCCAGUCCUCUCUGUGUGGAGGGAAGUGGAGGUUUGGAGGCCAGGAGGAACUGGGAGCUCUACUGGCAGUUCUCAAGAGGUUCAUGUUCCAUGGUUGUCCAGGAGUGUGUGUGGAGUGGCCGUCCGUGCUGUACCCCGCUCCCCUGCCUCAGUACGAAACCUGCAGCACCCCCAAACCCCCCGAACCUCCACGGAACCCCCCCAACCAGACCUCAGGGAAUAAGAAGAAGAAGUCUCGAGGACGGGGGAGGAAAGGAGGAGUGGAUGAGGAGAGAGAGGCAGAACCCGGGCUCCAGAGAGGGGGAAGAGGAGGGGAGGCCUGGUCUAAGACCCCUGGAGCGCCUCCUCCGGCCGUUCCAUCCCUCUAUCCAUUAUGGAAGAGGAGCAGCUCUGAUUCAGAGUUCUCUGAUCCUGAGGGAGCAGCACACAGCAAACUGAGGUUGUUCCAUGGCAGGGUGCGGCAGGGUGUGUUGCUGUGUCUCCUAGCCGUGGUGAAGGCAGUGGAGAGGAGAACGCUGUAUGGCUAUUGGUCGUCAUUCAUACCGGACGCUCCCAUUGGUGGACCACCUCCUCUCACACUGCUCACUGUCGUACUGAAGGACCCUUCACCUAAGGUGCGUGCGUGUGCCCUCCAGGUGGUGUCUGCGUUGCUGGAUGGUUCCCGUCAGUUCCUGGGCGUGGCUGAAGACUUGGCUCCGCCCAGAACCUCUUACACUCCAUUCUCCUUCUCCCUCGCCACCGCCGUCCGCGAGCUGCACCGCUCUCUCUCCCUGGCGUUGCUGGCCGAGGCCUCUGCCCACACUCUCACUCAGAUCAUCAAGUGCCUGGCUCACCUGGUGUGUAAUGCUCCCUAUAACCGUCUGAGACCCGGCCUGCUCAGCCCGCUGUGGAGACAGAUACGACCCUACCUACGACACAGAGAUGUGAACGUGCGUGUGUCUGUUCUGACACUGUAUGGAGCGUUGGUGUCGACCCAAGCCCCUCUCUCUGAGAUACAGCUGCUCCUCACACAGCCACACACCUCGCAGGAGACGGCGUUGAGCUGGAGACAGAGGGAGGGGUUUUCCACACCCUCACCUCACACUCCACCCUCACACAAAUACCACAACUCACACACCAAACAGACACACUCUCCUCGGGGCUCACACACUCCAGGAGAGGAGGAGCCGGGCGUGCCCUGGCUGCUGCAGCUGUGUGUGUCGCUUGUCACUCAACCCAGAGAUGACCAAUCAGACAGCGAGGGUCCAGGAGGAGGGGCUACAGCUCUAGAGCCCUCCCCAGUUCGCCUGGAGGCCUUACAGGUGCUAGCCCACCUGGUGCGCGGUUACUUCCCUCUGUGCCAGGCGUGUCUGUGUGAGCUGGGGCAGCUGAGUGCCCGCUGUCUCCGAGAGACAGACCCCUCCAUACAACUACACGGAGCCAAGUUACUGGAGGAGUUGGGGACAGGUAUCAUCCAACAGUACAGAGCAGACAGCAGCCAGGCAGAGAGCUACAGGGUCCCGAUCUCACAGGUGGUCCAGUUCUGGGUGGAUGUAUUGAGUGGUCCGUUGAACGGAGCCCUUCAGAGUCAUCAGCAUCCUACUCUACAGACCAGCUCCUGUGACACCCUCUCCUCAAUCUUACCACAGGCCUUCACACAGCUACCGGAGAAGAGCCAGGUUCUGUGUGUAACAGUGUUGUUGGGCCUGACCUACAGUGAUAACUCUCUGGUAAAGGCUGCUGCAGUCAGAGCUCUGGGAGUCUACAUUCUGUUCCCCUGUCUACGAGAGGAUGUGAUGUUUGUAGCAGACACGGCCAACGCCAUCCUGACAGCCCUGGAUGACCGCUCCCCCAAUGUCCGCUCCAAGGCCGCCUGGUCGCUAGGCAACCUCACCGACACACUCAUCGUCAACAUGGAAUGUGUAGGGGAGGUUUUCCAGGAGGAACUGUCUGACAUGUUGGUCCUCCAGAUGCUUCAGUCGGCCACCAAGGCUUCUAUUGACAAGGACAGGGUGAAGAGUAAUGCGGUGCGUGCGUUGGGGAACCUGCUCCACUUCCUGUCUGUCAGUCAGCUGACCCGGCCGGGGUUCCAGCGCCCCCUGGAGGAGGCGGUCAGCGCACUGGUCACCACGGUCCAAUCAGAAGCCACGAUGAAGGUCCGCUGGAAUGCCUGCUACGCCCUGGGCAACGCCUUCAGGAACCCUGCCCUGCCCCUCGAUUCUGCUUCCUGGUCCGGCGAUGCGUUUUCCGCCCUCUGCUGUGUUGUCACUUCCUGUCAGAACUUCAAGGUGCGCAUCAAGUCUGCUGCUGCCCUCUCCGUCCCCGCCUGCCGUCAUUGCUACGGUGAUGCGGAGCGGUUCGGGCGUGUUUGGCGCUCACUGGCCGCGGCGUUGGAACACAGCGAGGAGACGCAGGACUUCCUGGAGUACCGCUACUGCUCCUCUCUCCGACACACACUCACACACGCCCUCACACACCUGCUACGACUCAGCCAAUCACAGGACAUGCCCGCCCUGGGGGUGUCGCUCGUCAUGGAGAAGGGGAGGGGCUUCAAGGAACACCUGGUGAAAUACCUGAGAGGGGAAGGAGGGACGGAGGGAGGGAGAGGAGGAGGGACGGAAGAUCAGGUCCAGGAGUUUCUAACUGGAUCAGAUGGGAGGUCCCAGAGAGAUCAGGUCCAGGAGUUUCUAACUGGAUCAGAUGGGAGGUCCCAGAGAGAUCAGGUCCAGGAGUUUCUAACUGGAUCAGAUGGGAGGUCCCAGAGAGAUCAGGUCCAGGAGUUUCUAACUGGAUCAGAUGGGAGGUCCCAGAGAGAUCAGGUCCAGGAGUUUCUAACUGGAUCAGAUGGGAGGUCCCAGAGAGAUCAGGUCCAGGAGUUUCUAACUGGAUCCGAUGGGAGGUCCCAGAGAGAUCAGGUCCAGGAGUUUCUAACUGGAUCAGAUGGGAGGUCCCAGAGAGAUCAGGUCCAGGAGUUUCUAACUGGAUCAGAUGGGAGGUCCCAGAGAGAUCAGGUCCAGGAGUUUCUAACUGGAUCAGAUGGGAGGUACCAGUGGAGUUGA